CGUCGUAGCAAGCACAAGCAGCAAGAGGGGAUUUACGUGCAGGAUCGGAUCGGAAGAGCAGCCGGUCGUCGAGAAGCUGCUGAGCUAGUAGGUAGGGUAUGACGACGACACCAGUAAUGAUACGGAGGUCGUCGACGGCGGCGGCCACGACGACGUUGUGCCUAGGCCUGCUGAUGCUUCUACUACUGGCGGCGUCGACAGCGACGGCGCAUUUCACGGUCGGCGAGGUGGACGAGUACUUGACCAAGCGCACGCAGGAGUCCCGCCGCAGGAACCACGGCAGAGCGGGGAUCAACGACCUCAUCUCCAGUGCGGCGCGUUUCCACGCCAACGUAGAUGCACGCGCGUAUGGCCGCCGCUCCAACCUGGAGGAGGAGGAGGCAGCAACAGAUACCGCAGGGGCGGGGCGUGUAACGAAAGCAGAAGCGCAAGAGGCUUCAGCUGAGGGUGGCGAUUAGCUAUCCAAUUCAUUCGUUCAUUCAUUUACGAACGCAUGUAUGCGCAUGCACAUGCUGCCAUUAUUCUUCUUCUAUACGCGUACCCCGAUCCCAUCCUUGUUGGAUUAAGCAUCACUGAUCGAUUACUAUAUCUGUAAGCAAGCAACCAGAUAUUUUAUAGUAUAUAAAUUCAAAUUAUUAUCAAUUGUUCUA